UAUGACACUUUGUGUAAGUGUGUGCGGGAACACCAGGACGUGCUGUGGACGGUGGCGCUGCUGCAGGACUGCUUCUCGGAGCCGACCUUCGCGCAGUUCACCAUCUCGCUCGUCAUCAUCUGCGUCACCGCCUUCCAGCUUGUAUUUAAUAGCACCGCAUCGGUCAGAGCGCUGUCUAUGUCGUGCUAUCUGCUCAAUAUGAUAGAACAAAUAUAUAUCUACUGCUACGAGGGCAAUGAGCUUUCUAUUGAAAGUGAGAAUAUAUCGAGAGCUGCGUACGAGUUCCCGUGGUACACGUGCAGUGUGGGCACACGUCGCUACGUGCUCAUCAUGAUGACGAGGUGUCGCCGCAUCGCCAAGCUCACCGCCGCUGGCUUUACCACUCUCUCACUCGCCUCAUUUAUGAGUAUUCUAAAGGCAUCAUAUACAUUCUUCACUGUGCUUCGUCAAAUCAACGACAAAAAAGAAUAA